GCUUCGAGGAGUAUUAAGAUCGCCAAUAGUCAAGGGUCACUGAACAUCAUAUUGACCUGGGGCGUUGCCAUCUUGUGCGACUGCUUUUCUUCUCCCAUUCCUCUCUCAUUGUGAUACCCUGUACUAUCUACCAUUCUCAUUCAGUCAAGAUGAAUCACGAGGAUCCGAACAAGCAGCCCAAGAGCAAGCAGCUUACUGGUGAAGAGAUCGCACAGCACAACAGCAGAGAGUCUUGCUGGGUCAUUAUCCAUGGCAAGGGAUACGAUGUUACGGAAUUCUUGCCCGAACACCCAGGCGGCCCCAAGAUCAUCCUCAAAUAUGCCGGUAAAGACGCCACCGAAGAAUACGAACCUAUCCAUCCACCGGACACCCUCGACAAGUACCUAGACAAGAGCAAGCAUUUGGGUGAGGUAAACAUGCAGACCGUCGAGAAGGAAGAGAAAGAAGAAGAUCCCUUCGAGGUGGAACGACAAGAGCGCAUCAAACAUAUGCCGAUCCUGGAACAAUGCUACAACAUGAUGGACUUCGAAGCCGUAGCCCGAAGAGUCAUGAAGAAGACGGCAUGGGCAUACUAUUCAAGCGGUGCCGACGAUGAGAUUACCAUGCGAGAAAACCACUCAGCCUUCCACAAAAUCUGGUUCCGCCCCAAAGUCCUCGUAAACGUCGAAAACGUCGACCUCAGCACAACCAUGCUCGGAACAAAAGUCAGCAUCCCCUUCUACGUAACCGCCACAGCUCUCGGAAAACUCGGAAACCCCGAAGGCGAAGUCGUACUGACACGAGGCGCGAAAAAACACAAUGUCAUCCAAAUGAUCCCGACAUUAGCCUCGUGCUCUUUCGACGAAAUCGUAGAUGCAAGAGAAGGCGAUCAGGUGCAAUGGCUGCAAUUGUAUGUGAACAAGAAUCGGGAUAUCACGAAGAGGAUUGUUCAACAUGCGGAGCAAAGAGGUUGUAAAGGACUGUUCAUCACCGUCGACGCUCCGCAGUUGGGUCGAAGGGAAAAAGAUAUGCGUUCGAAAUUCGACGAUACGGGAUCUAAUGUGCAGAACACGGGUGGAGAUCAGGUCGAUCGAUCACAAGGCGCGGCGCGUGCGAUCAGCUCUUUCAUCGAUCCGGCAUUGUGUUGGGACGAUAUCCCUUGGUUCUUGAGGAUCACGAAAAUGCCGAUUAUUCUGAAAGGGGUGCAGAGGGUGGAGGAUGUGAUGAAAGCGGUGAGUUACGGGGUGCAUGGCGUCGUGCUUUCGAAUCACGGGGGGAGACAAUUAGACACCGCACGGAGUGGGAUAGAGAUUUUGGCAGAGGUUAUGCCGGAGUUGAGGAGACAUGGGUUGGAAGGGAAACUCGAAGUUUUCAUCGACGGGGGGAUUCGAAGGGCGAGCGAUAUUAUUAAGGCGGUGUGUUUGGGUGCGAAAGGUGUGGGUAUUGGUCGACCGUUUUUGUAUGCCAUGUCGGCGUACGGACUUCCAGGUGUGGACCGGGCGAUGCAGUUGUUGAAGGAUGAGAUGGAGAUGAAUAUGAGGUUGAUUGGGGCGAGUAAGAUUGAGGAGUUGGAGCCGAGUAUGGUUGAUAGCAGGGCUUUGAGUAUGCAUACGACGCCUGUGCCGAAUGACAUUUUGAGCUAUAAUGUUUAUGAUAGCUUGAGCGGGCCGGUUUGGCAGAAGGGUGCGAAGUUGUAG